AUGCCCGAUUUAUCUCACACUCGGACUGGCGGUACAUCACAAUCUCCUACCAGCAAUGGCAACCACACUCCAAGUGACCACCAAACAACAGAAACCACGACCUUGUUACCCAAGCAGUCCAAUCGAGCACGAACUGCUGAUGAAAAGGAAGCUGAGGUUCAUUACCGGGGCCCUAUCACCGGGCCCAGGUUCAAAUUUCUCCUUUCCAGUAUUCUUGCUAUCUUGACUAUAGCCUUCUUCGACUCAACUUUGAUGGCCAGCGCACAUCCCGUCAUUACCUCCUAUUUCCAUGCUUCAAAUGCUGCAUCAUGGUUCAGUACUGUGUUCUUUCUAACAUCCACUGUCUUUCAACCCGUAUAUGGACGGCUCAGUGAUACCAUCGGCCGAAGGUCGGUGUUUGUGUUUGCAAUCUUCAUGUUCUUUGUGAGCACCGCAUGGUGUGGCGCUGCUCCUAACCUAGGCAGCUUCAUUGCUGCUCGUGCCGUUUGUGGACUUGGUGCUGGCGGGGUCAUGUCAAUGGGGACUAUCCUGGUCAGUGAUGUGGUCAAGAUCGAGUAUCGUGGCAUAUAUCAAAGUGUGUUCAACAUGGCGUAUGGCACAGGGACUGGUCUUGGGGCAGCCCUUGGAGGUUGGUUAGUGGACACUAGACGCCCUUGGACUUGGAGGGCUGCUUUCUAUUUGCAAUUACCCUUCAUCCUUGUGUUCGGAAUCCUUGCUGCCAUUGCAUGUCCGCCAGGCCUAGGACCCAAUCUAGCAAAGACCAGUGGCAAGAGCAUCAGACAAACAUUUUCGACCUUCGAUACCUACGGUGCAAUGGUUCUUGCCGCAACCACAACCUCAUUAAUUCUUGGGGUCAAUCUCGGAGGCAAUGUUUUCACAUGGACCCAUCCUCUGGUCAUAACGAGCCUGGUACUCUUUGUGGUGGCUGCAGUAUCACUGUACUUCAUUGAAAGGAAAGCCGAGUAUCCCAUCCUGCCGAUCCCUUUACUUUCCACAAAUCCCAACGCGAGUCUGAUGUGGUCCAACUUUUUCGGAGCGAUCGUGGUCAACACGGCCUUGUUCAACAUUCCCCUCUACCUACAAGCAGUGCGACAGACGAGCCCCACUACGUCAGGUCUCUUUCUCCUCGCACCCCUCGCAGGAAUCAGUCUCACCGCCGUUGCUAUUGGAUAUUAUAUCACAGUGACUCGAAACAUGAAAGCACCUAUGACCCUAGGCACGAUUGUGCUUUUCUUUGGUGCGACUCUGUUGACCACCUCACUCUCAGCCGAAAUUCCGACAUGGGCAAUUCCCCUACUCAUUCCAUACUGCAGUAUCGGCCAAGGAUUUUUCUUCCCACCUGUCACCAUUGCCCUCCUCGCCAUCAAUCCACAGGACGAGCAAGCCGUGGUCGCCACAACUCUAGGCUUGGUUCGCAGCCUAGGCGCCAUUCUCGGCGUGGCUGUAAGUUCCUGGGUCCUACAGAACUCCCUCCUCAUAUUUCUCCAAGAGUACGUGAUGAGUUCCGACCCUGCCAAGAAGGCAUGGAUCAUCAAAACCGCACGAGAAUCCGUAAGCUCGAUCCGCGAUCUCGAUCCAAAACACAAAGCACAGGUCAUCGCCGCAUACGCCGCAAGUCUGCGAGCGACGUUCCUCGUCGGCGUCAUAUUCGGCCUUGUAUGCGUCGUCCUCAUCUGGCCGCUCAAAGUGCCCAAAUUGCAGUCCCAAGCCGAUAAAGAUAGCGUCGAGACCCCCGACCUUCUCGAUGCGCAAGACGAAGCCCGGGAAGGAGAGAGAGGAAGCAGAAGAGGAAGCCAGGUUGAAGGUUCCAGGGGCCGCCCUCUGGGCAUAUUGGAUGCGAGGGAUCAAGUCCCCGUAGAGUACGAGAUUGAGCCAGAUCUCCUGGACACGGUCGAGGAGGGAGAACAACAUGGAUCCGGCAAUCUGGCCAUCGGUGACGGCUCAGCUGCGGGAUCGAUCCCUCGUGCUGGAGUGCUGCACCACAAGAGAAGCCGGAGAGCGAGCUUUGAUACACAGUGGCGAUAA